AUGAGCUCGUAUUUGAUGGAGUCUAACUACAUUGAUCCGAAAUUUCCUCCAUGCGAGGAAUAUUCGCAAAAUAACUACAUCCCUGAGCAUAGUCCAGAAUAUUACAGCCGCGCGAGGGACUCUGGCUACCAGCAUCAUCACCAGGAGUUAUAUCCACCUCCGCGGGCGACCUACCAAGAGCGCCAGUAUAACUGUGCAAGCAUCCCAGAACCUGACACGCCACGGGGACAUGGAAUAGCCCACUCUGCACACCUGCUCUCUGGUAAAGGGCAGCCAGCAUCCUGUGAAACCUCACAGUUGUCCAUGUCCCCUGCCACCCCACCGGCCGCAACCUCCGCCUGCAACCAAGCCACGCCGGAGCAUCCCAACAGCUCUGCGUCCUCCAAGCAGCCUGUGGUGUAUCCCUGGAUGAAAAAGAUUCACUCCAGCACGGUAACCUCGGGAUACAAUGGGACGGAGCCCAAGCGGUCUCGGACAGCGUACACCCGGCAGCAAGUCUUAGAGCUGGAGAAGGAGUUCCACUAUAACCGCUAUUUAACUCGACGAAGACGCAUUGAGAUCGCACACACCCUGGUGCUGUCCGAGCGGCAGAUAAAGAUCUGGUUUCAGAACCGCAGAAUGAAAUGGAAAAAGGACCACAGGCUGCCCAACACCAAAGUGCGCUCGUCCUCAGCCUCCAGCUCAGGGGCCGCGGCUGCAGCAGCCUCCGUGUCUAACUCCAGUGCGGAUGAACUAAGCGCACAGCACGGAGAGGACAUCACCAGUUCAACCAUUGGAGGAGAGCCACACGUGACCACGACCCCCUUCUGGUUGAGCCCAGGUGAGCCAUUCCAGAGCCCACCCUUCCUCCAGGCUCAGUGCCACAGCAAGGGCAAGAAGGACGCCAGGAGCAGGGGCUGCAAUCUCAUCACCAUCUGCCACUCAGGAUUAAUCUUUCCCUGGAUGAAGUCUCGGACAAGUGACACCCCACAGUCUGUCAGCAGCAGUGAGACGGCUCCACUGGGAAGAGGCAGCCACAGCCUCCGCAGGGAGAGGACAGCCUUCACCAACAGCCAGCUGCUGGAGCUCGAGAAAGAGUUUCACUUCAGCCCGUACCUGUCUCGAUCCCGGAGGAUGGAGAUGGCCCUCGGGCUUAAACUCACAGACCGCCAACUGAUCAAGUUCGCGGACGACACCACCCUCAUUGGACUCAUCUCCAACAACGAUGAGUCCGCCUACAGGAGGGAGGUGGACCGGCUGGUGUCCUGGUGCAGUGGUAACAACCUGGAGCUGAACGCCCAGAAGACAGUGGAGAUGAUUGGGGACUUCAGGAAGAGCACUGUCCCCCCGCCCCCACCCUCCGUGAUGGACUCCCCCAUCACCUCUGUGGAGUCCUUCCGUUUCCUGGGCACCACCAUCACCCAGGACCUCAAGUGGGAGCCGACCAUCAGCUCCCUCAUCAAGAAGGCCCAGCAGAGGAUGUACUUCCUGCGGCAGCUCAGGAAAGCCAAGCUGCCUGCACAGAUGUUGGUGCAGUUCUACACGGCCAUCAUCGAGUCCAUCCUCACCUCCUCCAUCACCGUGUGA